AUGACCUCGCGCCCGCUGCCCUCCAAGUCCCGUCACUCUCGUCCUUUGUCGGCAAUCUUCAUCGGGUCUGUUUCAUCCAACUCAACUCCUCCUUCCAUUCCCGAUUUGCCUGAACCACCCAGCCCGUCGUCUUCAACUGGAUCCGGUCUCCCGUCGCCUCCCGCGACGAAUUCUACGGGGAGCGGUAGCAUUGGAUAUCAGCACAGCUACAGCGCCGGCAGUCUCCGUCAACGGUCUGCGUCGCGUUCGAGCGUCGCUGCGGAUAUGGUCAAGGGCGACUACGACAGGUCUCGCAGCAGCGGGAAUAGGAACAGAACGGCCAGCGCCGACGACGAUGACGCCUUUGAGAACGAGAAUGAGGAAGAUAACACUGCUCGAUUUGCCAAUGGCCGAAGACUUCAGCAUGCCUCCGUCGAUAAUAUGUCCACACUGCAGAGAGUGAAGAACCUGACCCAGCGCAAUCGCCUGGUUCUCGACAAACUUACCUCGAUCUCCCGCCUAAGUUCACCCGCCCCCACGAAUAGUUCUCAUCCUCCUAUUUCCCCUCCCAAUGCCAGUUCUUCGUCCACGUCGUCUUCUCGCCUAUCUUCUUCUCAUGUCCGUCCCGUGUCCAUGAAUGGCUAUGCCGCUUUGCGUCGUUUCGAUUCUGGCUCUGAAACGGAACGUGAGAGCCAGUCGAUCUCAAACUACUACUCUUCCUCGGACGAUCUCUCGGCCACUCCCCCUUCUGUACCUCAGGAAAUCCACACGCCUGUUCCUGGUCGCGAGAGGCGACCCUCGGCACCUGCUAUCCCCGGCAGUCUUGUGCGUCCUUCGCGUGACGGGGAUCGGGCCCCAUCUCCCGGUCCUUCGCGUGCGCCGCGGAAGAGGGUGUCUAUGGCGAUGUCCGUGGACGAGACACGCAGCAACCGUUGGCGGGAUGACGAGCAGGACGUGACCACUGCUGCACUUGCGGCCGUCGCUUCGUCGCGUAGGAGCCCGCAGGGCACGAACGGCAGUAGUAGGAGGAAUAGGCAGCCUCUUCCCAGAGAGUUCCGGGAGGGUGAAAGACCGAGCUCUGAAGUCAAGGCGAAUGGCGAGCCGUCGACACCUCACCGGCCCACGGAGAGAUAUUCUUCGCCUGCGUUCUCUCCCCAUGCAUCGACUUCGAUGAUCCCCACAAACCCGCAGACGUCUCCGCGACGUUCUGGUACAGCGCGGUACUCCACCGUGCGUGAGCUGACGCGGAAGCACCAAACGCGGUGGCUCUCGGAGGAUCUUUCGAAUGGGAAUGGGGAUGAGAACUCGCCGACGCCCGGGAGCGGCGGCGUCCCAGGCAGGCGCCAGGGACACCGCGGUGGCAGCUCCGACGGCUUGCUCGUGUCGACGAGCGGCCGCAGUCUGCUCGGCGAGGGUUUGCGUGCGGCAGGUCUGACGAAGCGUCGGGACGCGGGUGACGACGUUUUUACCGACGAGAGCCCGACCACGCCCGUGGUUCCUCGACUCACCAAGUCCACUGGCAAUGCCUCUGUCAACAACGGCGAUUGGGGAGAUGCGUCUUUGGGCCAGAGCAAGGGUGUUGGGCUCAGCACCCGUGUUUCCGAGGGAGUCGGUCCCCCAGGGUCUAAUAACUUCGAGUCACGCACGCCAGUGACGACUUCGCAGCGGCGUGGUGAUCGUAACAGCUACAGCGGCGUUCCCAUACGGCCUGGGACGUCAAUGGCGGCAUUGCAUCAUGAAAGCCCGGACAAUCCUCCGCGAACAGCGCCUCCUGCAUUGCGUACAUAUAAGUCUGUCCGUCCUCUCCCCGAUAGAGACAGUCCUGCUUCGCGCCAGGCUCGUCAGGAGCCUGUGCAGACUUCGUCCGAUCUCGCUUAUUCGUCUCCUCUUGCUAGCUACGCCAGUCACCGAUCGUCCACAGCUCCGCCACCUUCCAGCAAAGGUCAAGAUGCAAACGCCGAACAUCGGAGGUUGAUGCUGGAGGCACUGGGCAUGUUCGAGUCUCACCUCUCUCGUCUACCUCCGAUGGGACAGACUACCACGAACACGAUCCCAGGGCUGUUCCAGAGUGCGCAACAUCUCGUGCACACCCUUGAUAAGAUGAAUGGGAUGCUCAGGGCGGGAACGCACAAGGCGUUGGAGGCGCAGAUCGACGCGGAGGUCGCGGACUCUGCCGAGGAAGUGGACCCAGUGAAUCUCUGGCGGCAGGUCGGUGCGGACCACAGAGAGAACCUCAGGGUAAGCGAUGAGGUCGUGAGGAACAUGACCGGCUUCCUGCUUGGCGUAGGGAAGGUGCUGCGAGAUGCGAGCGCAUUGCAUGGCCAACACUUACGGAGCGUGAGCUUGGACGAUGAUGCCGCGAAGAGGGGUAGUCCGGAUGUGAAUGGGGACCGCGUGGCAAGUGGGUCAAGGCCAUUGGAUGGGAGACAGAGCAGAGAGAUCAGACGCAGCUGGGAUGCGAAAGACCUUCGAACGUUGACGAUGUCGAGUGUAGAGAGGAGUGUCGGUAGCACCCGUCCAGCAUCGUCCCUGAACAUACUGAGACGACCAGGCACGUCCAGUAGUGACGGGAGGAGUGCCGACGCCACUCACGAGCAGACACCACCUGCAAUGCGAAACAACAGCACAGCCAUCCCUGCCUCCUCAUCCACUCGCCGUUUCUUCACCACAAGGGAACGGCGAGGCACCCCCGAGCAGGAUUCUGCUCUUGCACCCAUCAUCACGUCCUUAGAUUCUCAAGACACGACCAAUUCCUAUGAACCAUCGCCGACCCCUACGUCAAGACAUUCUCGUUCUGCACUCUCAGAGCGUCCUCGUACUGCAAUACCGCCCUCCCUCUCGACACUGCCAUCUGAAUCCUUGCUGAGCUGUGCCAGCACCGUUGACACAGAUAAGCUUAGCCGUCGCAAGAUCUCUAGUAAUUCAAACAUCACCGUCCGCGCAGAAUCGUCCACCAUCAACUCUGUCAUCAAGCCGCCCAAUCCCACCACUGCCUUGACCAACGCUACUGUAUCCAAUUCGCCUGAUACCCGCUACCCCGUGCUGCGAAGUGAGUCGUCUGGCUCAGGACGCACCAACGGGGUGACAUUCUCCCGCCCUUCCACCAUCUCCGUUUCCACUUUGAAUGGUCUUCAGCAGCAGCUCGACCGCGACACUCGAGCACGAACUAGUUCUACUAUAUCAGCAGCAGAAGAACCAAUUUACUUAGCCCCGGCCGCCGUUAUUUCCCGAUCUGAAACUGAACGAGAUAAGAAGCGGAGAACACUAGGUGCUCGAAGCCGGAUAUCACUAGAUUCCGCAUUUGGAGAGGAGGGCGGGAGUGUCGAUAGCAGUGCAUCGAGCAUCUUAUCCUCUUCAUUGUCCUCCUCGGCACGCAGGGAGCGCCGUCGAACGAUCAACGAGAUCUUCUCCCAGCGAUAA